GCAGUGCGGUGUUUGUCUGCCGGACUGACGGGCGGCCGGGCGGUGCGCGGCGGCGGCGGGGAAGAUGGCGGCGUCCUCCCUGGAGCAGAAGCUGUCCCGCCUGGAAGCAAAGCUGAAGCAGGAGAACCGCGAGGCCCGGCGGAGGAUCGACCUCAACCUGGAUAUCAGCCCCCAGCGGCCCAGGCCCACCCUGCAGCUCCCGCUGGCCAAUGAUGGCGGCAGCCGCUCACCGUCCUCCGAGAGCUCGCCACAGCACCCCACACCCCCUGCCCGGCCCCGCCACAUGCUGGGGCUUCCGUCAACCUUGUUCACCCCCCGCAGCAUGGAGAGCAUCGAGAUUGACCAGAAGCUGCAGGAGAUCAUGAAGCAGACCGGCUACCUGACCAUCGGAGGCCAGGUACCACCCAGGCGGGGCUCGGUCUUGGGGUGGGGGCGCGGUGCAGAGGCUGGCACAUCCUCCAGCUCUGGCUGUCCUUGCCAGCGCUACCAGGCAGAAAUCAACGACCUGGAGAACCUGGGGGAGAUGGGCAGCGGCACUUGCGGUCAGGUGUGGAAGAUGCGCUUCAGGAAGACGGGCCACGUCAUCGCUGUCAAGCAAAUGCGGCGCUCGGGGAAUAAGGAGGAGAACAAGCGGAUCCUGAUGGACCUGGACGUGGUGCUCAAGAGCCAUGACUGCCCCUACAUUGUGCAGUGUUUCGGGACUUUCAUCACUAACACGGACGUCUUCAUUGCCAUGGAGCUCAUGGGCACGUGCGCUGAGAAGCUCAAGAAGCGGGUGCAGGGCCCUAUCCCCGAGCGGAUCCUGGGCAAGAUGACGGUGGCGAUCGUGAAGGCACUGUACUACCUGAAGGAGAAGCAUGGUGUGAUCCACCGUGAUGUCAAGCCCUCGAACAUCCUGCUGGACGAGCGGGGCCAGAUCAAGCUCUGUGACUUCGGCAUCAGUGGCCGUCUUGUUGAUUCUAAGGCUAAGACGCGCAGUGCCGGCUGUGCCGCCUACAUGGCACCUGAGCGCAUAGAUCCUCCGGACCCCACCAAGCCAGACUAUGAUAUCCGGGCUGACGUGUGGAGCCUGGGCAUCUCCUUGGUGGAGCUAGCGACGGGACAGUUUCCCUACAAGAACUGCAAGACAGACUUUGAGGUCCUCACCAAAGUCCUGCAGGAAGAGCCCCCGCUCUUGCCCGGCCACAUGGGCUUCUCAGGGGACUUCCAGUCCUUCGUCAAAGACUGCCUUACUAAGGAUCACAGGAAGAGACCAAAGUAUAAUAAGCUACUUGAACACAGCUUCAUCAAGCGCUACGAGAUGCUGGAGGUAGACGUGGCUUCCUGGUUCAAGGAUGUCAUGGCGAAGACUGAGUCACCUAGGACGAGCGGAGUCCUGAGCCAGCACCACCUGCCCUUCUUCAGGUAGCCACGUGGUGGCGGCCAGCCCCACCGGGGCCAGGGGCAUGGCCACAGGCCCCCCCUUCCCCACCUGGCCACCCAGCUGCCCGCCAGGGGAGACCUGGGACCUGGACAGCUGCCGAAGGCUGAGGACAGAAAGUAGGGGGCACCGACCCACCCCCGACCCCCUGCCCAGCGGCCGUGGACAGACGGGCUCGCCAGGCCCCAGCCCUUCCCGUCCCGGGGUCAGCCGGCCUCCCGGGGUCAGCCGGCCGUGUGCGUCCCCCUGACAGACACUGUGAACGGAAGACAGCAGGCCACGAGCAGACUCGCUAUUUAUUCAGUCGUAACCUCUGGGCUGGGGCGGCCCCCAGGGGCCCGGAGAGAGCCGCCCGUCCCUCCCCUGCCCCGCUCCGCAAACAUGCUCCCUGCCUCCAUUCCCCCUCUCACCCCGUCUACCUCUCUGGCUUUCCCCAUCUCCCUCCCUGCCUCUGCCUCUCUCCUGGCCACACUCGGGCUCUGUGCCCCCCCCCCCCCCCCCCCGGGGGACUCAGUCCACUUAGGUCUCCGGUGAUGGCGAGUCAGUCGGCUGGUGUCCUCGCCCCAGGAAGGCAGGCUGGGCAUUAACGACUGCAGCUGGGCCUGGGCUGGUCUCCCUCUCUCUUUCUCUCUCUCUCUUUCUCUCUCUCUCUCUGUCUCUCUUUGAUCUCAGGGGGUCCUUUUUGGAGUUUAUUGUAUUUUAUUGUACUUGGUGGGGUGUCUGGGGUUGGGGGGGAGAAGAGUUUCUUCUCACGGGGGUUUGUCGGUACCUUCAGAAACUUUUACCAAAGUCAUGUUUAGCUGCUUGUGGUGGAGCCCCCGAUCGCCUGUGGGUCCAGGCGUCUGGGGCGGGGGGCCGAGCCCCAAAGGUGGGCUCUGGGGAGCUCUUCCUCCCUCGGGGCUGGAGACUGGCCACAGCUGGGGUGGGGGCUGGUGAGUUGAGGACCUCAGGGGGCGUGGAGGGAGCCCAAGGGGCCGUGGCCACACAGGGUGGCCUUCAGGGACGGCGGGCGCAGGGCACGGUGAGGGCAGCGUACGCUGCCGCGGCAGGGAGAUGGUGGAGGGAGUCAGUGGCAGGAGCGAGGGCCCUGGGGCCCCAGGGAAGACAGGGAUGGAGGGUGCAAGGGGCGGGUAUGGGGAGUUCCAGGACGUGUGACAGGAUGGAGGUGGGGCUGGCUGAGGGCUGGGCGUGUGCAGACAGUCAUGCCCUUGGAGUGCCCCUGAGCGCCAUCGACUCCCCCAGAGCUGGCCAGUCCGCAGGAGCCCUCUGCAGCAGCCCCCAAUGGGAGGGGGUGUGUUUCCUUUUUGUUGGUGAUGCAUGCAAAUCAAGUGGACAACAAAACAAAACAAAAACCAGAAACCCACAGAACCACAAAACCAACACCAAAGGUGAGGAACUUGGCCGGACGUAGCAGACGCCGUCCAGGCCUAGGCAUCACUGUAUCCUGUCUGUCCUGUUGACUCUCGUUCCUGCUCCAUACUCAAAAUGCCGCAUGUUCAAAAGUACUCGAGUUCUCUGCUCUCUGUCCCCCCCCCAUGCCCCCCUCCCCCGCCUGGGAGGGGAGCGGCGGCCGCCUUCUCUUGCCCCAGUCCCCUUUGUGAGGGGAUGGGGGCAGGGCGGGGGGCCACCAGGCCUGGCCCCCCACCCUCCCUCGCCUGGCCCAGCCACGGGGGGACCUUAGUAGGUAGCUGGAAGGUUCUGUGGCUGGGUGCAGGGCCAGCGGAGGCCCUGGGGCCAGCCACCUGGAUUUAUUUUUAUUUAACUAUUUCUGUUUUGUGAGUGUGUCUGCCCGCCCCUGUCCCCCACUUCAGCACGAAGUGGGGGUCCUGGGGGGGAACCUCUUCUUCCCCUCUGCCUCUUUCCUGUCUUCUCCCUCCGUCGCCAGUCACCAGCCAUCCUUCUCGACCAGGCAGAGGGUGGAGCGGGCAGGCAGGGGCCUGGGGUGGCCUGGCACAGGCCACCGGCCCACAACCCCUUCUCUGGUCGCCAGUAUUCCCCCCCCCCCCCAGCCCUUUUUAAAACGAAAUGCCCUCGUUUGUAAAUCCUUAGACGCUUGAGAAUAAAACCCCUCCCUUUUCUUCCA